AUGUCCGCAAUGACAGUGACAAAUAGUGGCAGUAAUACAACCAACCCAACCGGAGUUAAUGAUCCACUUGAUAGUUUCAAUUUGUUUCAUAGUCGACCACCUAUUUGGUCCACAUCGAAUCAACCAGGACUAGAUCAUCAGUGGAAUGAAUCAUUAUUUUCACCAUCACAUCGUCCAUGGCCAUCGGAGCCGUUUGGCAGUGAUGUUGGCAGCGAUGAAUUACCAUAUCCAAGACAAUUAAAUCAUCAUCAAACUCAUGAUUUCAGUCCAUUACCAUCAUCGCCAGCGAAUCUUUUAAAUGGCAACAAUCAUCAAAUAAGUCAAUCAGGACGUUUUCAAUUUCUUAACGAUGCAUCAUCAUCGCCGUACUGUUCCCAACAAUUACCUCUCAUAUCGUCAUGUUUCAAUGAAUCAUUAUAUGAUCCAUCACCAUCAUCAACACUAUUUUCAAAUGAUAUCGACCGACGUUCACUAAAUAAUCCUGUUACAAACACAAACUUGCUUGAUUCGCGUCAAACAUUAGAUAAUCAAAAACUAAGUUUAGAUCAAAUUGUUAAUCGUUUCAAUGAUCUACAAUUACAACCACCAACAGCAUCAACGCCAACAACAUCGUCCUAUCAAAAUUCAUUUUUACCUCAAACAAACGAUCAACAGCAAGCACUUUCAUCAUUCUACUAUCAACCAUCAUCACCAUUUACAAAUCAUCUGUAUAUGAAUUCACCAAGCCAAUAUCAACAAAAUGGUCCGACAACAUCCAACCUAUUUAACGACCGGUUCGAACGAAAUGAUGGCUAUUUGCCAUUUUCGAAUAAUUCACCAUAUUUAUCCGCCAUGCGCUUUUCACCGAAUCAAGCCUAUCGUACAACAAAAAGUGGUAAACAACAAAUCGGACCGGAAAAUUCUAACUUAUUCAUAUGUCAUCUACCCCAAGAAACAACAGACCAAACAUUGAUGAAUUUAUUCUCACAAUUCGGGACAGUUUUAUCAGCAAAAGUAUUUGUUGAUAAAAAAACCAACCAAUCGAAAUGUUUUGGUUUUGUUUCAUAUGAUAAUCCUUCGUCAGCACAACAAGCUAUAUCAAGUAUGGAUGGAUUUAGCGUCGGUCCCAAACGGCUGAAAGUCGAAUUAAAAAAACCGCGUCGUAAUUCAUAA